GCUUAUCUAUAUUGGACUUGAUUUUGCACACGUUCCUACCAUUCAGACAAUACCAGCCAAAGUUAACACAGCAACAGCAUCGAACAUGAAUGCUCAAGAACAAGAUGAAGUUUCAUCAUUAAUUGAACACUUGGAUAUACAGAAUGUUGAGAAUCAUGGAGCAGGGCAAUCACAAGAUUCAGCCCCCCUUGAUGCACCAAAGGGUAAAGAACGAUUUCUUCAAAGAUCUCAAUCACGUAAAGAAGCCAAAGAAACGACAAGAUCUAAUAGCCUCAAUGACACUGGAGAAACAUCUACCUACAUGUACAGACUAGGCCAGCGUAUUGCUAAAUAUGGCAAAAAACAGAAGAACAGUAAACAGAUAGAACAACAGGCCAAAGAUAUGUGUGAGCUGGCUGAAGAAUACCUCAAGCUCACUGAAACAUCACCUGAAGGCUGGUACUUUACAAAAGCAUGUUGCCUCCUAAAUGCUGCACUGAGGAGAUACCAAAAGAUCCAACAGGACAAUGAGGAUCAUAACACAGGUAGUCGUAUUGCAAAUAUCAAAGAAAGACUCCAGGUUACAGAGACUGAAUUUUUAAAGAAAGUACCGAGCACCCCAAAGGUUAGCAAUAUGUCAACAUCUGAAAGUGCAACGAAGCUCAAUUCAUUGAUAAAUAAGGUGCGUGAAUAUGAGACAAACACUAUCAACCAUAUUCACGAGAAUGUUAUGAAAAUAGAUUUGUCCAUCACAGCAGAUAUGAGUGAAGAAGCCGAAAUUCAAACAAUUGAAGAAAGCAAUGUAUUUUAUAAUGAGCUCACUGACAAGAUAAAAUGGUUUCACAACUCAGUUAUUGAAGAUUGUAUGAAAGUUUUAGGUGUCCCUCAAUGUAGAUAUGCCAUAUUAGGUCAUGGCUCAUUGGCUCGUAAAGAGGCAACAGCCUGGUCAGAUCUAGAGUUUUCAGUACUGUAUGAUCCUACAGGGAAAUCCCCAGAACAAAUUGAGGAUAUCAAGGCAUAUUUUAGAGUACUUGCCCACUACAUUCAUAUCAAAAUCCUCAAUCUGUCUGAAACACUUCCUUACUGUCUGAG